GCUUGGCUCCCAGAGCCCGCGGGGACUGUGGAGACGCUGCCAGAACCCUCAGCAUCUUGGAAAUCCCAUCACCUUGGCUCCCUGAGAGUUGGAGGAACCGACAGCCGGCUGACAGAAAACGCAUCCAGGGAGAAAAGAGACAUAAGUGAAGCAUGAAAUUUUGAAUCGUGUUUUCAGCCCUGUGCUCCGUUGCCACUUGCUGUGUCACUUAGAGUCUCUGCAUCCUAAACGUCCUGGGCCUUGCGGGUGAGCUCUUUUCAGAUGCUUUGCAUUGAGCACACCCCAGGGCUGGGACCCACGCAGUCAGCCAUCCUCAAAUUCCUAAGUUCCUGAAUCGCAGGUGUCGAUUUCUGACGUUUGAAGAUGGACGAGGGUGUGGAAAUCUCAAGCGAUGGGAAUUCCCUGAUCAAAGCCGUGCACCAGAGCCGCCUCCGCCUCACCAGGCUCCUGCUGGAAGGCGGCGCCUACAUCAACGAGAGCAACGAGCGCGGGGAAACACCUCUAAUGGUCGCCUGCAAGACCAAGCAUGUUGACCACCAGAGCGUCAGUAAAGCCAAAAUGGUUAAAUACCUCUUAGAAAACAAUGCUGAUCCCAACAUACAGGACAAGUCUGGGAAAACAGCUCUGAUGCACGCCUGCUUAGAGAAGGCUGGCCCCGAGGUGGUUUCCUUGCUCCUGCAGAGUGGGGCGGACCUCAGCUUGCAAGACCAUUCGAGCUACUCGGCCCUCGUGUAUGCUCUAAACGCAGAAGACAGAGACACCCUGCAAGUUCUCCUUAGUGCUUGCAAGGCCAAAGGAAAAGAGGUCAUCAUCAUAACAACGGCGAAAUCGCCCUCGGGCAGGCUCACUACCCAGCAGUACUUAAAUGUGCCUCCUUCGGAUAUAGGGUGUCAUUCCCUCUCCGCCUGUGCCUCUCCUUCAGAAAUAGACAUAAAAACAGCCUCGUCGCCACCUUCCCAUUCUUCUGAAACUGAAAUGACAGUGCUUGGCUUCAAAGAUCUGGAGCUGUCAGGAAGCCGCGAUGAUACCCGGGACCCAGGCUCCCCUGUGUGGAAGCCUGCUGUGGCCCUCAAUGGGCCCAAGCUACCCCAGGCUUCACCCUGGAUCAAGAGUGCCCCCUUGUUAAUGCACCAGAACAGAGUGGCCUCCCUGCAGGAGGAGCUCCAGGAUAUUACCCCAGAGGAAGAAUUAUCCUACAAAACCAAUGGGCUGGCCCUUUCCAAGCGAUUCAUCACCAGGCACCAAAGUAUUGACAUAAAAGACACGGCACAUUUGCUAAGAACCUUUGAUCAGACCAGCUCAAGAAAGACAUCAUACGAUGAAAUAAAUUAUCAAUCAUUCAUUGCAGAAGGAAAUCAGCAAUGCAUUGAAAUCCCUGCUGACCAGGACCCAGACUCUAACCAGACAAUAUUUGCUUCCACCUUAAGAAAUAUAGUUCAAAAAAGAAACUCGGGGGCAAACCACUACAGCUCUGAUUCCCAGCUCUCAGCUGGUCUAAUCCCUACAACUUUAGAAGAUGGCAAAGCACUUACAGGAAAGAAAAAGAUCCUCUCCCCGUCUCCUUCCUUGUUGUCAGGGUCCAAAGAAUUGUUGGAGAGUAUCCCCCCAGGCCCCCUGAGCAGGAGAAACCAUGCAGUGUUAGAAAGGCGUGGGUCAGCAGCUUUCCCUUUAGAUCACAGUUUUCCCCAAACCAGACCCGGAUUUCUGCCUCCCUUAAAUGUCAAUCCUCACCCUCCCAUCACAGAUAUCAAUGUCAACAAGAUUUCCAGCCUUCUUUCUUGUGGCCAAAAAGUGCUUAUGCCAACAGUUCCUGUUUUCCCUAAAAGUAAAAAAAUGUUGUUAAGGAGACAGUCAUUGCAAACAGAACAAAUUAAGCAGUUAGUAAAUUUUUAAGAGAUGGCUGGAAACACAUUUUGUUCAAAUGCCUGUAUCAGAGAAAUACAACUACGGAAGACAUCUCCAGUGUUCAUCCUUUGAAAUCUUGUCAUUGGUUAGUCCGUAAUGGUUAGGGGGAUGGACAUGUACUGGGUACCAUACUAGGCACUGUGGACACAAAUAAUACCUAGUUUCUGGUAAGGGAAUUAAUUCUCUCAAAGUUACAGCUAUUUUUCUCAAAACAUCCAAUGUUUAAUAACCUUCAUUUGCUCCAAGUGUUUAAACAAAAAUCAACAAAGGAAGGAAGUCACAUAUGUUGGAGAUAACUUUAAACGUUUUUCCAGAUUCGCCAAAUAUGUUAUUAGGAAGGGUUGCCUUCAAGUCAAUUUUUUUUAACAUUUCAAGUCAGUAAAUAAGAUUAUCGUUUUCUAUGAUGCCAGAAGCAUAAAAGAAAACACAGCUACAAAAUGUUCUGUGAUCUAUAAGCUUAAGCUACAAAGAAAGGAUGAACUAAUUCUUAAAAAAUGUUAUCUGCACCGCUCGCUGGGGUUUCAGUUCGUUAGAGCAGCAUCCUGUGCAGGUUCCAUUCUGGGUCCGGGCACACACCUAGGUUGAGGGU